AUGUCUGAAUGUGCUGUCAACCGGUCCACAAUAAGUCAGACUUGUUUGCCAUACAUUGUGCUUGACAUGCAAAUUGAGUACUUGGAAGUCACUGGGAAUGGCAGUCUUUCCAUCAGUUUGACAUCUUCCACAGCUAAUGGAGCUGCAACAACGUCUGCUUCAGCAACAUCUGCUUCAGCAACUUCUAUUCCAACAACGUCUGCUUCAGCAACGUCUAUUCCAACAACGUCUACUUCAGCAACCAACGUCUGCUUCAGCAACGUCUAUUCCAACAACGUCUGCUUCAGCAACGCCUGUUCCAGUAACGUCUGCUUCAGCAAUAUCUAUUCCAGCAACGUCUGUUUCAGCAACGUCUAUUCCAACAACGUCUGCUUCAGCAACGUCUAUUCCAACAGCGUCUGCUUCAGCAACGUCUAUUCCAACAACGUCUGCUUCAGCAACGUCUAUUCGAACAACGCCUGCUUCAGCAACGUCUAUUCCAACAACGUCUGCUUCAGCAACGUCUAUUCCAACAACGUCUGCUUCAGCAACGUCUAUUCCAACAACGUCUGCUUCAGCAACGUCUAUUCCAACAACGUCUGCUUCAGCAACGUCUCCUUCAGCAACUUCUGCUUCAGCAACGUCUAUUCCAACAACGUCUACUUCAGCAACGUCUCCUUCAGCAACUUCUGCUUCAGCAACGUCUAUUCCAACAACGUCUGCUUCAGCAACGUCUAUUCCAACAACGUCUGCUUCACAACGUCUAUUCCAACAACGUCUGCUUCAGCAACGUCUAUUCCAACAACGUCUACUUCAGCAACGUCUCCUUCAGCAACUUCUGCUUCAGCAACGUCUUUUCCAACAACGUCUGCUUCAGCAACGUCUUUUCCAACAACGUCUGCUUCAGCAACGUCUAUUACAACAACGUCUGCUUCAGCAACGUCUAUUCCAACAACGUCUGCUUCAGCAACGUCUAUUCCAGCAACGUCUGCUUCAGCAAGGUCUAUUCCAACAACGUCUGCUUCAGCAACGUCUAUUCCAACAACGUCUGCUUCAGCAACGUCUAUUCCAACAACGUCUGCUUCAGAAACGUCUACUUCAGCAACGUCUAUUCCAACAACGUCUGCUUCAGCAACGUCUAUUCCAACAACCGUCUGUUCCAACAACGUCUGCUUUGGAAACGUCUGCUUCAGCAACGUCUAUUCCAACAACGUCUGCUUCAGCAACGUCUAUUCCAAAAACGUCUGCUUCAGCAACGUCUAUUCCAACAACGUCUGCUUCAGCUACGUCUAUUCCAGCAACGUCUGCUUCAGCAAAGUCUUUUCCAACAACGUCUGCUUCAGCAACGUCUAUUCCAACAACUUCUGCUUCAGCAACAUCUAUUCGAACAACGUCUGCUUCAGCAACGUCUAUUCCAACGUCUGCUUCAGCAACAUCUAUUCCAGCAACGUCUGCUUCAGCAACGUCUUUUCCAACAGCGUCUGCUUCAGCAACGUCUAUUCCAACAACGUCUGCUUCAGCAACGUCUAUUCCAACAACGUCUGCUUCAGUAACGUCUAUUCCAACAACGUCUGCUUCAGCAACGUCUAUUCCAGCAACGUUUGCUUCAGCAACGUCUUUUCCAACAACGUCUGCUUCAGCACCGUCUAUUCCAAAAACGUUUGCUUCAGCAACGUCUAUUCCAACAACGUCUACUUCAGCAACGUCUAUUCCAGCAACUUCUGCUUCAGCAACGUCUAUUCCAACAACGUCUGCUUCUGCAACGUUUAUUCCAACAACGUCUGUUUCAGCAACGUCUAUUCCAACAACGUCUGCUUCAACAAUGACUAUUCCAACAACGUCUGCUUCAGCAAUGCUUGCUUCAGCAACGUCUAUUCCAACAACGUCUGCUUCAGCACCGUCUUUUCCAACAACAUCUGCUUCAGCACCGUCUAUUCCAAAAACGUCUGCUUCAGCAACGUCUAUUCCAACAACGUCUGCUUCAGCAACGUCUAUUCCAACAACGUCUGCUUCAGCAACGUCUAUUCCAACAACGUCUGCUUCAGCAAUGUCUGCUUUAGGAACGUCUAUUCCAACAACGUCUGUUACAGCAAUGACUAUUCCAACAACGUCUGCUUCAGCAACGUCUAUUCCAACAACGUCUGCUUCAGCAACGUCUAUUCCAACAACGUCUGCUUCAGCAAUGACUAUUCCAACAGCGUCUGCUUCAGCAACGUCUAUUCCAACAACGUCUGCUUCAGCAACGUCUGUUCCAGCAACGUCUGCUUCAGCAACGUCUGUUCCAGCAACGUCUUUUCCAGCAACGUCUGCUUCAACAACGUCUGCUUCAGCAACGUCUAUUCCAAAAACUUCUGCUUCAGCAACGUCUAUUCCAAAAACGUCUGCUUCAACAACGUCUGCUUCAGCAACGUCAGCUUCAGCAACGUCUGUUCCAGCAACGUCUAUUCCAGCAACGUCUGCUUCAGCAACGUCUGCUUCAUCAACGUCUGUUCCAGCAACGUCUGCUUCAGCAUCGUCUAUUCCAACAACGUCUGCUUCAGCAACGUCUAUUCCAAUAAAUUCUGUUUCAGCAACGUCUGUUCCAGCAACGUCUGCUUCAGCAUCGUCUAUUCCAGCAACGUCUGCUUCAGCAACGUCUAUUCCAGUAACGAUUGCUUCAGCAACUUCUAUUCCAACAACGUCUGCUUCAGCUACGUCUGCUUCAGCAACGUCUGCUUCAUCAACGUCUAUUCCAUCAACGUCUACUUCACAAUGUCUAUUCCAACAAGUUCUGCUUCAACAACAUAUGCAUCAACAACGUCUAUUACAGGAAUCAUGUCAUCUUCCGCAACAAGGUCUACUCCAAUGACUCUUAUUUCUACAACAUUUGGCCCAAGAAAAAUGUUUGCUCCCUCAACGUCGGAUCCCAAAGCAACACCCGUUUACAUCAACACAUCUAAUUCAGGAACAGCGUCUGUUCCCACAACAGCUGUUUCAUCAGUGUCUGUUCCUCUAGAAAUAUCUGUUCCUAUAAACAUGAAUAAUUCAGUAACACCACCUGUCCCCAAAACGACACUGGAUUCUGCGACAAAAACGUCUGAUUCAGUGAUGACCUCUUCAGCAAUAACGAAGUCUGUUCCCCUGACAACAUCUGUCUCUUCAACAAUAGCAUCUAAUUCCACAGAACCCUCUGCUCCCAUGUAUAAUUUUGUACCUACAACAAAACUUGCUCCUACAGCAAUGUCUCAUCCUAUUGAAGGAACAGCAUCUGUUCCCACAUCAAUUUCCUCAACAACGGUUGUUCCCACAGAAACACUUAUUCCCACAUCUGCUUCAGCAAUAGCAUCUGUUCCCACGACAACCUCUGCUCCCAGACUAAGUGCUCUUACAACUAUACAUGAUUCAGCAACCACCGUUUCCACAAUUUCUUUUCCUAUAAGGUCUGCUCCCACAACCUCUGUUCCAACAACAACGUCUGCUCCAACGUCUAUUCCUAUAACAACGUCAGCUCCCACAACAAAGGCAAUGCUUACAACUGAGUCUGCUUCAGCAACAACGUCAGUUCCCACAAUAACGUCUGCCUCAACAGCAAAGUUUGUUCCUUCCCCCAAAAGAACAUCAGUUUACACAACCGCAUCACCUUCAACAACAAGGCUCCCUAUUCCUACACUUGCAUCGGCCUCUGUGCCAUCAGCGUUGUCUGUCCCCACAACAUCUGGCCCUUCAAAAACGUCUGCUUCCACAACAAUUUUUAUUCCCACAACACAUGUGCCAUCAACGUCUGUUCUAGUAACUUCAUUUCCCACAACGCCUGCUCACACAUAUUUUCCCUCAACAAAUUUUGUUUCCACAACAGAAUCUAUUCCCUCAGGAUCACCUAUUUCCAUAAAACCUGCUCCUAUAACAACAACAACGUUUGCUUCAACAAAAUUUGCCUCAAAAACAACGACAGCCUUAGCAGCAAUGAACACUCGUGUGUCUUCUCCUGUGAGAUCUUCCCCAACCGAAAUUUCUUCAACAUCAGCGCUUCACCUCAAAACAUCACCUGUCUUCACUAGUCUUGAAUUCUCCACAGAGGCUCAUUCCAAUGCGAAGCCUGAUGUUGCUAACACUGACCAUUUUUCAACAGCUGGCGAGUCUUCCGGUGAUCUCCCUACCAAAGUCACAGCAUCUGCUUCUACUUCACCGGCUACGGCUAUUUCUACACUAACACCUACUACCACAACAUCUGCUAUAACUUCAACGCCUCUUCCCACAACAUUUAAUGCCGUAACAACGUUUGCUUCGACGACAGUACCUGCCUCCAUAACUAUUCCUGCUGCAAAAACACCUGCUCCUACAUCUUCUCCCACAACAAGUGCUUCCACGACGUCUGCAACAAUAACUCCCUCAACACCUCUUGCUAUUGCAACGGCUUCCUCCAUAACAACACCUGCUCCCACAUCAAUUGAUGUUCCAAGAACAAAGCAUACCUUCACAAUAACACCUGCUCCCACGUCAUUAACUAUUCUCACAACAGGAAAUACUCCCACAACACCUGCUCCCAUAACACCAGAUGCUACAACACCUCUUCCCCAAACUACACCUACACCAAGAAAUGUAAACACAGACUGGGCAUCGGUCUUAAAAUCCUUUCCCAAAAUUCGUUUUUUCGCCAUUUGUAGAAAAACAUUUAAAAACCCCUAA